AUGUCAGUCUCUACUGCUCUUCCUGAGUGGCCUCCGGCUUUAACCCCAGAGCAACAUUCUCGAUUGAUCCUACUUUCAUCAACAUACGCUUUAUCACAUGGAUUCACGUUACUUCCACCUUCUUCACGUCAACCUCCCACCUCAGCCAUACCAGCUCCUCUAUCCCUAUUACCCACACCUUUCCCGAGGGAAUUGUACGAACUGGCAGUAUCGUUACAACCUAUAUAUAAUGCUUUAUACGCUAGGAUAACUCUGGAUUGGGAUUUCUUAGAUAGAGUGAUGGGUGGAAGUGUUUCUAAAGUAGAUGAAUUUCAAGGUGAAUUGUGGAGAGGAUGGAAAUCUAUAAGAGAUGAUUUGGUGCAACCUCUUCAAUUGGGUCUAUUCAGAUCUGAUUAUUUGCUUCAUCAAGAUCAAAGUCAAGGUACCAGUGAAAAGGGCGAUAACAUUGGAAUCAAACAAGUCGAGUUCAAUACUAUAGCUGCUAGUUUUGGAGCUUUGAGCCAAAGGGCAGGUGAGAUGCAUCGAUACCUCGCCAAGGCGACGAAUGGCUACUACUCGAUAUCACCUCAUCUUUCGGAAAUCUCGAAUUUUCCUCAGAAUGAACCUCUGAAAAAGCUAGCCGCGGGCUUAGCGGAAGGGUGGAAGGCGUACGGCAACGAGAAAGCCGUGGUGCUAUUCGUCGUCCAGGACGGGGAAAGAAAUGUCUUUGAUCAGAAAUGGUUGGAAUACGAGCUACUUGAGAGUCACGAUAUCCCAGUGAUCCGUCAUACAUUUUCAGAACUCUCAUCUCUCGCUCAAAUAGAACCUUCUACCAAGAAUUUACUUCUUCCUUCUCCAUUAGAACCUUCUCUCCCCUCGAAGGAAGUAGCUGUGAUAUACUAUCGAUCUGCAUACACCCCGACUGAUUAUCCUACUUCAUCAGAAUGGGAUACACGUUUGUUGUUAGAAAAAAGUAAAGCGAUCAAAUGUCCUUCAAUGGCAUUGCAACUUGCAGGAGCCAAAAAGAUCCAACAAGUAUUGUGUGAACCUGGUGUACUCGAAGAUUUCCUCUUAAAUAAAAAACGACCUGAUGUUGGUUUAGAGAAUAAAAUCACACAAGAAGAUGUCGAUAGACUGAGAUUAACUUGGAUCGGAUUAUGGCCUAUGGAUAAUUCAGCCUUAGGUAAAGAAGCAUAUCAAUUAGCUUUGAAUGAAUCAGAAAGGUUCGUAUUAAAACCUCAAAGAGAAGGAGGUGGGAACAAUAUAUAUAGAGAAAAUAUUCCUCCGUAUCUGAAAGAAUUGGAAAAAGAGAAAAGGGAACAAGGUGAACCAGAGAAAAAAGAAGCUUUCAUUCUAAUGGAAUUGAUUGAACCUCCUAAAAAUGUUCAAAAUUGGUUGGUAAAAGGUGGUGAGAAUAAAGCUAGAAAGGCAGAUGUAGUCAGUGAAUUGGGUGUGUAUGGGGUUUCGUUAUUCGGUGGAUCGGAAAUACAAACAUUCAACUCUACUGCUGGUACUUUGUUGAGGACAAAAGGAAGAGAAAGUGAUGAAGGUGGUGUUGCUAUCGGUAUAAGUUCCAUAGACUCGCCUUUACUUGUAGAUUAG